GUAGAACUUGUGAAUUUGAUACUACUUACGGGGUAUUCGUGAAGUUUAACCCUUUCUAAGCCUCCUCUACAAGUAAACAUAUACUUCUUCUCACUCCGUCGUCAUACAAAACACAGAGAGAAACAAAGAGAGAGAGAGAGAGAGAGAGAGAGAGAGACGCCUCCAAAUCCUUUCGCUCAUUCUUCAAUUUCCAAUCAUGGUGCUCGAGGCGACGAUGAUUUGCGUUGAUAAUUCCGAAUGGAUGCGGAACGGCGAUUACCCCCCGACAAGGUUUCAAGCUCAAGCCGACGCCGUUAAUCUGAUCUGUGGGGCCAAAACUCAGUCUAAUCCAGAGAAUACUGUUGGAGUUCUGACAAUGGCAGGCAAAGGGGUUCGCGUUUUGGUCACUCCUACUAGUGAUCUUGGCAAGAUCUUAGCUUGCAUGCAUGGUCUAGAAGUUGGCGGUGAGUGUAACUUGGCAGCAGGGAUACAAGUGGCACAGUUGGCUCUCAAGCAUCGCCAAAAUAAAAAGCAGCAGCAAAGGAUUAUAGUAUUUGUGGGGAGUCCUGUCAAAUAUGACAAGAAAGUACUGGAAAUGAUUGGAAGGAAAUUAAAAAAGAACAGUGUAGCGCUUGAUAUUGUUAAUUUCGGUGAAGAAGAUGAGGGAAAAGCAGAAAAGCUCGAGGCCCUUCUUGCUGCUGUAAACAACAACGACAGCAGUCACAUUGUUCAUGUUCCUUCUGAUUCAAGUGCUCUCUCUGAUGUCCUUAUAAGUACUCCUAUUUUCACUGGGGAUGGCGAAGGUGGAAGUAGUUUUGCAGCAGCUGCUGCUGCAGCUGCAGCCGGUGGUGUGUCUGGCUUUGAUUUUGGUGUGGAUCCAAAUCUGGAUCCUGAACUGGCUCUUGCUCUUCGCGUUUCAAUGGAAGAGGAGAGAGCAAGGCAAGAAGCAGCUGCUAAAAAGGCUGCAGAGGAAGCUUCGAAACAGGAAAAGGGAGGGGAACAGCCGUCUGCAUCACAAGAUGCCACUAUGACUGAGAAUGUCAAUGCUGCGGCUCCUGGAGCUGAAGAUAAGACAAGUGAUCUAAUGGAUGACGAGAAUGCUCUGCUACAGCAGGCCCUUGCCAUGUCAAUGGAUGACCCUGUUGCUAGCGUUGUUACGCGAGAUACGGAUAUGUCAGAGGCAGCCGCAGAGGAUGAAGACUUAGCUCUUGCUCUACAGUUGUCUGUUCAGGACGGUUCAAAAGAUCAAGCAAGCCAGACAGAUAUGAGUCAGCUGUUGGCCGAUCAGUCGUUUGUGUCUUCAAUCCUUGCUUCGCUUCCUGGAGUUGAUCCAAAUGACCCUUCGGUCAAAGAUUUGCUCGCAUCCAUGCAAAGCCAGUCUGAGUCCGAGCAGAAGAAGGAUGACGAAGACAAGGCACCAAAGGAAGAGGACAGUAAAUGAUGCUUGGUGUGUUGAUGCCUAAAGUCACUCAUCAGGCUGUGCUCCUCUGACUAGUGAUGCGAGGGAACAGUGCAUGGGGAUGUUACUUUACUCUAUAGAAAGGAGACUGUAGAAUAGAUUGUCCUCGAGCAUGGAUGUUUCUUCUGUACUGCCUUCAUUAUAAAACCUUGGUUUUCAUAUUGAUUUCCUGCGUCUUUCUAAUGAAAUGGUGUAGUGGCUUUUGGAUUUGUGCAUUUUUUUACUUUGAUCCACAUCUUCAUGCUUGAUUCUCAGUUGCAUGCAUUAAGGGCCCAUUUGGUAUAAAAUCCUGUACGUUUAUUGUCUU